AGGGCAAAUUCGAAGGCUAUUCCUCGUCCAUUUAUGUUGUCGCAACCAGUCCUGAGACGACCGAAAGCAGUCGUCUCUUUCUCUCUCUCUGAACGCCCCUUCUUCUUCUUUCUCUAAAAAGACGAGAAACCCUAAAUUUUGUCUGAAACCGCUAGAUUUUUUCUCUGUAAAAAUCCUUGUUUUUCUUGUUGAACAUGGGUUGAACAGCCCAAAAGAAGAGGACCCAAAAAACCCUAGUCCCCAAAACCAUAGAAGAAAAAGAAGAAACUAGGAAAAACCAGAAGAAAGAGAGAGGGAGCUUUUAUGGCAGAUAAUGGCGAUGCGAAGGUGAUAGAAACGGCAAGGCACAUAGUGAAAUCGCUUGGGCGCACAGAUACCAUGACAGACGACAUGUUACAGAUCCUCUCCACCUUUGACCGCAGGUUCUCAAGAGAAAAAAUGGCAGGAAAACAGCUAGAAGAGGAGGAAGAACCAGAGGCUUUCGAGCUCGAGAUAUCCAUACAGGCAUUAGAGCAGGUAAUCCUCUCUUGGGUCGCCCGAGAAAGCCCAAUUUGGCCAGAGUCUGGUGAUUUUCCGGCGACUUUCUUCGAAUCCAUUGAUGAAUUGCAGGCAAUUAGCGAAAACUGGGCUCCGAUGCUUUCAGAGAGCCGAGCUUUUUCUUCUCUUUUAGACAGGGCUGAAACCCUAAUGCAACAGGCCAUGUUCAGGUUAGAAGACGAGUUCAAGCUUUUAAUGGAGACAAAUGGUGAGGUUGUUGAUCCCGACUGGUUAUUUGAGAGCAAUCAAAAGAGGUCAUCUUACCCAACUUCUCCAUCUUCAUCAGAGGAUGAGGAGGUCGAAGGAAUCAUGGUAGCUAAACCAGUGAGAGAUUAUAAUUUUAUCAUUGAUGUUUUGCCUGGUUCAGUGGUCUCAAAGCUCCAUGAAAUUGCAAAGAGGAUGGUCUCUUCUGGCUAUCGGAAGGAGUGUUGCCAUGCCUUUAGUAGCUUGAGAAGGGAAUUCCUAGAAGAAAGCAUUCUCAGGUUAGGAUUUCAGAAGCUCAGCAUCGAAGAUGUUCAGAAGAUGGGGUGGGAGGAAUUGGAGCCCAGCAUAGUGAAAUGGGUUCAGGCCAUGAAGGUCUCAAUCCAUGUCUUUUUCCCUAGCGAGAAGCUCCUUUGUGAUCGAGUGUUCGCAAACCUUUCUCUCUCUAGCCCAUGUGUUUCUCUUUCUUCCCCAAAAGGUUAUCUCUCCUCCCCUGUUUCUGACCUCUGCUUCAUGGAAGUUUGCAGAGGAGCAAUGACCCAGUUGCUCACUUUCGCAGAUGCAGUCUCUAUAGGAAUUCGAUCUCCUGAAAAGCUAUUCAAAGCUUUAGACAUGUUUGAGGCCAUGGCUGAUCUCUUGCCUGAAAUUCUUACUAUGUUUGCAGGUGAGCCAUUUGCCCCAUUAAAGUCAGAUGCAAUGGCCAUUUUUCGACGAAUUGGGGAAACAGUUCGAGGUAUUUUUAUGGAGUUUGAAGCAGCAAUUCAGAGGGAUUCAGCUCGAUCUCCAGUACCUGGAGGUGACCUCCACCCUCUGACCAGGUAUGUGAUGAACUAUCUGAGAUUUGCCUGUGAUUAUAGGCCAUCUCUUGACCGGAUUUUUGCCGGAGAUUUCGAUUUUCCAGCGAAUAUUCAGGCGAUGGCUGACCCCCCAUUUGCCUCUCGAACUCAAUGGGUCAUGGAGCUCCUCGAAACCAGUCUUGAGACCAAAGCCAAGCUCUAUAAAGAUCAAGCUCUAAGCUCUCUCUUUCUCAUGAACAAUUUGAGAUACAUAGUGAAAAAGGCUCAAGAUUCAGAGAUGGGUCUUCUCUUGGGUGACGAAUGGAUGAGGAAACGACGAGCCAAAGUGAGGCAAAACCAUACAAAUUUUAUGAGGAAUUCAUGGGGAAAGCUUCUGAAUUGGCUCAGAGCCGACAGCCAUGCUACAAGGAAUGUCAACAAAGAGUGGAUAAAGGAGAGGUUGAGGGGCUUUAAUGGUGGGUUUGAGGAGCUACAUAGAGUUCAGAGAGGCUGGGCAGCUGCUGAUGAGCAAGUGAGAGAGGAGCUCAGAAUCUCAGUGGCUGAGAUUGUGGUGCCUGCUUAUAGAUCAUUUUUGGGGAGGUAUGGAGUGAAGAUGGAGGGAGAAAGGCACUCAGAGAGGUAUUUGAAGUAUAGUGCAGAUGGGAUUGAGGGUUUGAUCAAUGAGUUGUUUCAUGGGAAUUCAGGUGGCAGGAAAAGGGGGGUAUCUGCUGGUUGAGAGGGAGAGAGAGGGGGGAACUUGGGGCUUUCUCUCUCUCUUCUUCUUCUUCUUCUUCUUUUUUUUUGUUUGCAUUUUGGGGUUUGGGCUAUUUCCAUCCGUGCUCUCUGGCUGAUGGUUCUGGAGUCUCUGUAUGUGUAAUUUUUGUGUUGUUCUUGAGUAAGGCCCCCUCUCUCUCCUCUUUCUCUCUCAUGUUUGGUGGUCCUCCCCUCUUUCUUUUUAUCCUGUUUAGUGGUCCCUCUCUGUGUGUCUCUUUUGUUUUGCUAGUCUCAGUCUCUUCCAUUUGUGCACUUUUUUGUUUGUCUUUCAUUUGUUUUGGGACCAUAUUAUCUUAAUCCCUUUAGGGGUUCGAGGCCCUUUUCUUGGUUAUUAGCCCUCUUCACUCAUUUGUUGUCUCUCUUCCUAUCUCCUUGCCUUUUGCUUCUCUCUCCUCCCCCCCCCCCCUCCAAUCUUUUUCUACUUGCAUUUGUUUUUCCCCUCUUUCCUCCAUUCUUUCUCAUGUCUCACCCUCCUUAUUGGAUUAAGGCUGUCUUGUUAAAUUUUAUUUUUCUUCCUAGUCCCUUUUUAUUUUGUCUUAUGGUUCUCUCUCUCUGGGCCUCUCUUGUUUAUUUAUGGUCUUUAUGAUCUCUCUCAUGUAUCUUGUCUUGUAUUGGUUAUGCACCGAUCUGACCUUUGGGUUUUGUAUAUAUGAUGAGAGUGGUGAUUUAGGGUUUUUUUUAGCUUGGCCAGGUGUAAUUGGUGUCUAUUUGUUAUUUUCUUUCCUUCUGUGUACAUCAGCAAUUUUACCUUGUUUAUAUCAUCUCUUUACUGUUGG